CAGCGAUAGAGAAACAACAUGGCAGACACAGGGAGUUUCAGCUUCUUUCUCACAGUUUGUGUGGUCAGUUGCCUGGUGGUGACUGCAGACAUCAUGCGCCCCACCCUGGUGGGUCAGAUGUUUGUGUUUGAGCUGAAAAGAGAGGUGUUCCAGAGCAAUUUCAGAAUCUUCCAGACUGACUUCAUACCCUACCUCACACACUAUGGUCCAAUUACCGUUCAUCCAAUGGCCUUCAAGUGCAGCAAGGAGUGGUUCCCAGACCUGCCGGCCUGGCUCCGUUUCACCCAGAGGAACACGUCUGAAAAUGGCUUCCUCUACGGCACCCCACUGGAGGAGAACGUGGGCAGGAACACCAUCGAGAUCAUUGUUGUUAACAAACAGACCUAUGACACCUUCAAGGAAAGACUGGUAAUAACAGUUAAGUCACCAGGGAAAAGAUUGCCCUAUCAAGCUGAAUUCUUCAUCCCGCUUAAAGAUAUAGAGGAGGUGCUGCCCACUGAUGUCCAGGAAGACAUAAAGGCGGAUGUCCAGAAGAUGUGGGGAGCUGACAAUCUGGAAUUUGUCAAUAUCACUUCUGCACUGGACAGGGGUGGACGUGUUCCCCUCCCAUUAAAGGGACACCAUGAGGGGGUGUAUGUGAAAUUGGGCUCAGACCAGUACUUCUCCAAGUGUUUGCUGAGGAUCCAGAGCCCGGGACACAGGCUGGAGUGCGAAGCGACAGGCAAUAGCUCGGGGGACUGCUCCACGUGCAAGUAUUUCGACAACUGCGUCAACUGGUGCAAGUCCGAGCUGAUUGACCUGUCCGCGCCCGUCCUCCCCACUCCGGCUCCGAUCCCCGGGUCAGGGGUCAUGGACGCGGGCGAGUUCUACGACCCUCCCGAGUCCCCUCCGAGCCGCGAGUUCUUGGCGGACUACCUGGUGACGGUGAUGGUGCCCUUGGCGCUGGCUGUGAUCCUGUGCCUCAUCCUCACCUACGUCAUGUGCUGCCGGCGAGAGGGCGUGGAGAAACGAGAUGCGAAGACUCCGGAAAUUCAGCUUUACCAUCAGCGCACCAUCCACAGCAACGCUGGCGAGCUCCGGAGCAUGGCGGGGGGGCGCGCGGUUCCCCCACCUCUGUCCACUCUGCCCAUGUUCAACGCCCGCACUGGGGAGAGGAUGCCCCCCCUGCAGAGGCCCUUCGGCUCAGACAGCUCCCAAAUCCCCCUCAUCAUGGCACAGGAGGAACCGAACACUGAUACACUACCCAGGUAA